GCAGGAUGGGCGGCAGUGGUGGUUGUUGUUGGUGAUGGCUGUGUCAGGAUGGCCGGUGGCGCGCUUCAUCUAGUGUUUGUCUCCCUAUUUACGCUUGUUCCUGCCCUUCACACGACCCUUAAUGUCGACGAAAUAAAUUCCGUUCACUAUGCGGUCGAUAUACUCCAUAAACCCGUGAUAAAAGACCAGGUGAGAGAGGGGGAAGUGAUGGCCAUGGUGAACAAGUAUGGCCAAGAGUACCUCUGCUUUCUGCCCGCUGUGGUGCCCCUGCAUUCCGAGUACAAGCACGACGACGACAUUCUGGAUCAGCUGGUGGACAUCUCAGUCCUUCUGAAGCCCAUGGAGACUGCACCGUGCCUCAUCAAAACUGUUGACUGGUGGACUUAUGAGUUCUGCUACAGCUCAGUCAUCAAGCAAUACCACCUGGAGGAUAACAAAGCCUCAGGCCCAAUCAUCAUUUUGGGUAAAUAUGAGUCUGAGUACAACUGGAAAAACAGCUCUGAGACCAAAAAUCGUCUGCAGAGGUUUCACAGCCAGUUCUACGUUAAUGGCACCAAGUGUGACCUGACAGGGGAGCCUCGCAGCACUGAAGUGCGGUUCCACUGCGAGGAUGGUGUUGGUGACUACAUUCAGCGAGUGGAUGAACCCGAGUCUUGUCGCUACGUGGUGACUGUGGCCACCACCAGGGUGUGCCACCAUCCAUAUCUGAGGCUGCAGGUAGCACGCUCUCCCCACAUUAUCACCUGUGCACCAGCCCUCACUGAAGACCAGUACAACAAAUACAUUCUGUACCAAGAGAAGAAACUAAAAGAGGAACAAGAAGUGGAAAAGAAACUAUUCCAGCAAAAUGCAGAGAUACUCAAAGAAACGGAGAUAGAAGAUGGGUCAUCACUCCUUCAGCCAUCCUCCAGUGAAGGUGAGCAGGAAGAUGAGGAUGAAGAUGACAACCUGAAGAUGAACAUUAAAAUCUUCCGGAUGUCCCCCACAAACAAACACAAGACCAAGCACAUUCGAGAAAACAAGGAGGAUCUGGUGGAGGUGGAGACCCAGAUCACUCUAGAGGAGGAAGCUGAUACCCACCUCAAAGCAGAAGACAUGAAGGUGCCAGUAGGAUCAAAGGAGGGAAUGGGAGGUGCAGCAGAAGGGGAAGGUACUGGUGGAAAUACUGAUGGGGAGGAGAUUGUCAAGAAGUUGGGGGACACUCUUGGGGGUAGUAUGGGAGGUGACACCCAUGGCCUCAUGUCCAACCUCAAGCCUCAUAAGCUGCUGCAGCUCCUGGAUCCUACAGAGCCUUAUAUUACUGAGAAUGAGGAGCUUGAGGAAGAGAAUGAAGGUGAGAAUGGACUGGAGGAAGAGAUUGAUGAAGAAGAGGAUGAUGAUGAGGAUGAGGAGAGAGAAGUAGGUCUAGAGGAUAUGGAGGCACUAUGGCAAGCCUCCAAGUCUACCAAGAGGGAUCACUUCUCCAAGCUGCAGAAAAGACUUCGUCAGCUUGGAAAAAUGUUCAUUAAUCAAGGCACAACAGGAGCCAGAGAUGCUGAGACCGACAAAAUAGCUGAAUUUCGAAAAAUGGUGGACAACAUCAAGGAGGGCCACAUCAAGCAGUUGGAGCGAGAGGUGAAUGACUGGAAUCACAAAAUCCUCAGUAAGGAGGGAGUGCAGGAAACCGAACAGGCACUGGAAGAGGAAGAGCAGAGGUUGGGGACAGCACUCUCCUCUGUUAUGAAGGCUCUUGAUGUGGCUGAAGAAAAACUUUCUAGGGUGAAGAAGGAGAUGGAGGUUCUGGAAGACUAUCUUGAUCGUCAGUUAAAAGAGAUGGAGAGCACAGUAUCAGAGGAGUCCAAGCCCUCCACCCAAGCUGAGUCCACCCUUCAGGACCAGGCAGACCAGGACUCAGAGGGCCCCAUGGAAGGGAUGCCCCCUUCCCCUCACAGUUCAGAGGAACCCUUAAAAGUAUCAUCAUCCUCUCCUUUUCCUGCCUCCUCCUCCUCCGCUCGCCUCUCAGGUGGAGGUACUCCUCACCCUCUCUUCACAACACCCCGGGAGAGGCUCAAUAAGCGCAGAGGCCGCAAGCUUCCGCGCACUAAUAUAGAAGUCUCAGAGACCAGUUCCAGGCACAGCAAGGAAGAGGCUGACAAGGUGGAGGGAGACAGCCAGCAGAAGCGACUCACCAAGGUUAGGAUGGAGGAUGAGUCCCAAAAGACCAAGCUGGAGCAGACCAUCAAGGAUAAACUGCAAAAGCUGGGCCAUGAAAAAAUAGGAAGGAAGUUUGAAGUAAAAAUACUGACUCCAAACUCCCUUGAGGAUGAGGAUUCCACAAAUGCCAUGCUUUCGCAGGAGGAAGUGGAAGCCUUCCAGAAUAUGAUAGUAAAUCUGCUUAGUGCAAAUGCUGAAGAAUUAGAAGAAAGAGAAAACCACAGGAAACUUGAGAAGAAUUAUGGGUUUGUUUGGGAUGAAAGUCAACUAACAGAAGAGGAUGAAGAAAAAUAAUAUCAAUGUGUGUGUGUGUGUGUGUGUGUGUGUGUGUGUGUGUGUGUAAGAAUAUGUUGUGAAGCCAUAGACAUUGCAAGUGGCUUUUGUGAUACACAGUGCUUGGUGAAAGUGAACUGUUGUGUACAUCGUGAAACAGAUUCAACUU